UUCAUUUUCCAAAUAUUCACAUAUUUGAUUUUAUAAGGAUAAAAACCUUGAUAGUUCACAACUGACUUUGAAUCAUUUUAUAAAAUAGCCAGUUGCUGAAUUUUAAUCAUGGAUAGAAAGAAAAAAAUAACUUAUAUGUAAAAAGAUCCAUUAAGAGAUAAAACAUGUGAUUUCAAAAGGAAACUAUGGCGUUUAAUUUUGACUUAUGUGUUCAACAAGCCUCUGACCUUAUUCAUGACUUCACCUGCUCUCCAUGUAAAGAUGACGGAUUAAAUAAUGAGGCACAGAUCUUCUGUGAUGAAUGCAAGAAAUAUUACUGCAACAACUGUGAGCAACUACACAACAAACUGCACAGGACACAUUCAAUGUUUGGAAGACAAGAUGUGAGCAAGUGGGUGGGGUAUGCAGGACUGAGCCCCAUAGAGAUAUGUGACAAACAUGGUGACAAGAAGCUUGAACUGCUCUGUGAGGACCAUGAUGAGCUGUGUUGCCACAUUUGUGUCCCUCUUAAUCACAGAAUGUGUCAAAGUAUCAAACACAUUCCAGACCUGGCUAAAGGUCUAAAGAAACAAACUGACUUCAAGAAACUGCCUGCUAAUGUUGAUACGAUCACUACCAGACUUCAAGGCAUCACCAAGAAAAGGACUCACAACAAACAGUCCCUGAAAGACUGUGGGAAGAAAAUGCUAGCCGAAAUCAAAUCACUGAGAAAGAAGGUGAAUGAGAAGUUUGAUAAAAUAGAAAAAAAGACCAAAGACAUAUUGCAUGACCUGCUCCAUGAGACAGAUGAAUUCCUGCAGGAGAACAUUGACAAGUGCACUCAGCUCAUUGACAAACUAAGCACUUACUUAAAAACAAUCCAAUCCCAGCAAGAUGACAACACUUCUUACAUUGCGUAUAAGAAAUGCACGGACAAGAUGAGGGAAGCAGAGAGCCUGCUACAGGAACUGUCAAUCAAGCCGGACACAUCCCUCACAUUCCAGGCUGAUCCCAGGAUUGAACAAUUCCUCUCUGGACUGAACAUACUUGGAGAAAUCACCGGAGUACCGGGCAAAGGUAAACACUUAGGCAUAGGUAUUAUUUUUAAGAUCAAGAACUGCUCACAGUACACAGUUCACAUGCAAUAUGAUGAACAUGAAAGCUUUAUAACUGGAAUAUGUGAGACACCAGGAGGAGAGAUCCUCAUCACAGAUCACCAAAACCACAAGGUAAAGCUGCUAGACUCCCAGUACCAGGUGACAGCCACAUGUGAACUCCCUGAUAGACCACAACAUAUCUGUCAUAUUGCAGGAAAUGAAGCUGCUGUAACUCUCACCAAUAAAGGUGUGCAUUUCAUCAAAGUAACAGGUAGAGCACUGAGUGUAACAAGGAGGCUAACAUUUCCACAUUCUUGUCUCGGCAUUUCUCACCACAAUGGUACCCUCUAUAUAGGAUCGAGGACAGCGAUUUACCAGUACACAAUGUCAGGCCGGCUAGUAAAAAUGAUCUACGAAGACAAUACUUCCAACUUAACAGUGAAUAGAUUCACAGUAAGCAGAGAUGGCACCAACAUCUACAUACCAGCUACACACACAAACAAAUUCAUCACCAUUGACACAAGUGGGAAUAUUCUGUCAACUCUUCAGGACCCGGACUUUGAUCUGCCUACUUCAGUGUGUGUAAGUGAUGGAGGACAUGUGUUUGUCUGCUCACAAAUGUCCCAGAAAGUGACUCAGGUGGACAAAGAGGGUAAAUACAAGCUGGCCACACUGGUCACAGAGGAAGAUGAAUUUAGCAUGCCUUUAGCAGUAUGGUUCAAAGGACAUACACAAAGUCUUAUUGUUGGACGAUAUGAAGACAAUCAGAUUUCAGUGUUUGAGCUUGAAUAACUUCAACAAAUAGACAAGCUAAAUGGCAAGACAACCAGAAAACCAAAGAUUUGAACACAAUUCGUAUAUCUAAAGGAACAGUAGAUUAAGUCAUGCAACAUUCAACAUCCUGUCAGUCUUAAAUAUUUAACUCGAGCAUGGUUUUAAAUUGAUGUGUCUACAAACUAUACACCAAAACAAAAAAUCUAACGGUGAACCAGAGAUUUUAACAAAAUGUGCAUAUUUUAUAGGAAAAGAGAAAUAAGUUAUGCAUUAUUUGAAAUCUAAUUGGUCUAAGAAGUUUACAUUAUAGAAAUUCUUUAAAGAUCAUCAUGAUGAGGUACAAAAUACACCAAACAAAGCUCCGAAAGUAGCAUACACAAAUAUAAUGCUCAGUCAGAUUUUUUUUUUAUUUCUGAAGGUAAAUAAUAACCUCAUCACAUGAUACAGGUACAGUCUACCAAUCAAACUGACAAUUGUACAUAGUUUUAAAACUUUUAAAUGGCAAGGUUGCAUCCAUUUUAUUGUAAACAAAGCCAAAUUGCCUACUUUAGACCUACUUGUACAAACAUAUUUAGAACCAUAACAUUGUUUGAUGGUCACUUUAAAUUCUGACUAAUAUUAUAUCUUUAAGCAAACAAAUGGUUUGUGAAACUAGAACUGUAAGCCAUAGGCUAACGAAUACCCCCCACCCCUCCAUGUCUUAAGGUUGUUUGCCCUGGAGUUAGGCCGGACAAAGCUAAUAUUGCCUACAAGAGGAGAUAACUCCAGUCAGGGUCAUGUGACCUGUACCAAAUUCACAGAGGCGAAAGUUUACAACAUGGCCAUUAAUUUCUGAAAGUUUGAUAAAGAUUUGUUGAAUAAUAACAAAGAUGAAUCCCGGACAGGGCUUAUUUUGCCUACUUUAACACAUCAAGGGGAGAUAACUCCAGUCAGGGUCAUGUGACCUGUACCAAAUUCACAGAGGCGAAAGUUUACAACAUGGCCAUUAAUUUCUGAAAGUUUGAUAAAGAUUUGUUGAAUAAUAACAAAGAUGAAUCCCGGACAGGGCUUAUUUUGCCUACUUUAACACAUCAAGGGGAGAUAACUCUGGUCAGGGUCAUGUGACCCGUACCAAUUUCACAGAGGCGCAAGUUUACAUCAUGGCCAUUAAUAUCUGAAAGUUUGAAAAAGAUUUGUUCAAUAACGACAAAGAUGAAUCCCGGACAAAAAAAAACGGACGGACAGACGGACAGACAGACAGACAGACGGACGGACAGACGGACAACCCAAUUCCAGUAUACCCCCCCAAACUUUGUUUUGGGGGGUAUAAUAACAUUUGAGAGUUAAAUUCAUUUUAAUUGGUAAAAAAACGUUCUAAUUUAGAGUUUUUAAGUUUAUACAGUGAAAUACAUUUCAACAUUUCAUUAUUUACGAAAUAUUGUUAAUACUGUAUGCCAUAAACAUUUGGUCAUUUAUAUAAUAUUAUUUAUUUAUAUCAUAGGUCAUUGCCAUCUUUAGAUGGGUCAUGGUGUAUCUGCUUUAUGUUGUUGCACUUGGUUACGAAGCUUAAAUGUAGCAGGAACAACUAAAUACAGUAACCCUCAAAAGAAUUUUAUUGUGUUUUUUUUUAACCAGGCAAAAAUUUUGCAACACCGGACCCUUUUGUAGUGUGGUCAAAGUCUGUGGUAUUAUAUCAUACUUUUAACUUUACGUGACAAGUAUCAUAUUAGAAUAUUGCUGUAAGCUGUAUUUACCUUAUUUUAUUUGACAUAUUUUUCACCUAUUAUUACCGGGAGGAAUGUACCUCGUUACAUGAUAUGCUAAUGUUUUGCGUUUUACACUGAAUAAUAAACAGCAUGAAAUCAAACUGUACAAUAUACAUUAUAUAUUGCAAUUUGUAAA